CAGAUCCAGGAAACCGGAGAGGGGGGGGAACAGGGGAGGAGAAGGUCAACCUGGCAAGGCAGGAGGAGGACUAAGGGACCCACCCGCCUCUUAAGCCGCCUGAAGCCAAGAUGUCCCAGCUGUCGGUCAAGGAACAUCUGGAUGGAAUUCUCUCGGACUUUGAAGCUCUCAAGAGAUCCUUUGACGUGGAAGAUCCCGAGGAGGAACUGGCUUUCUCCCCAGCCGGGUUGCCCCUGAAGUCCAGCACGCCUGGCAUCAUCCAAGCCCCUGCCAGUGCAGAGGGGAGAAGAGGGGGCGGCCCGAUCCUGCCCAGUUUCCAGUCCCGGAUCAGCCUGAGCUCUAGCACCAGCCCGUCUCACAGCCCCGUCCUCAAGACAAGGGUCGGCAGCAGUCUUUCUUUCAACCGGGGCACCGCCCUUUCACCCCGAGCCAACGGGAACCACCUCGCCAGGGUCUCCUCCUUCCAAACACGGCUGAACCCCAAUGGGUAUUCGUCGUCCUUGGGGCCCGGCAGUGACAACGAAAGUCUUCAUAGCUCCUCUUCCAGCUUGGAGUGCGCGACCUCCGCGAAAGGCCCUUCCACACCUGCCCGGCCUUCGCAGAUCCCAGGAAUGGCAACCCCUGAGCUUCCGAGUUCGGUUUUGAAGAAGUUCUCUUCGCACAGCGACGUCUUCUACACCGAGGGAGAUCAGCCCAUCCGGCAGGUCUCCAAAGCCGCCGUCAAUCACAGCUCGCUGCCUUCGCUGGACCUCCACAUUGCCGAAGACCACGGGCUCGGCCUUCCUCUCUGCUCCACCCUGGGCGCCGAGCCGGCCAUCACCUGGCGCUCCAGAGAUCAGAACUCUCUCUCGCCCCUGCCGAAGACCGCCAUGUUCCUGAAGAAGGAAGCUCUCAUCCCACCCCUGGAGGUGGGAGAGUCGGAAACCAUGACUUUUCCCGCCCUGGCUUCGAGACAGGCAGCCAAGUUGCAGAAAUUCCCCGUCAGCCUUGACAGAUGGAUCCGGAAGCCUCCGGAAUCCGUCCCGCCAUCAGAAAUGCCCAGUUCUGCAUCCACAUCUUUAUCUGAGGUGCAACUCCAGGUCAACCCGGGCGCCAACCUCAGCCUUUCUCAGCAAUGCCCAGAAAUUCGGAGAGAAGAUAAAACUGUUGCCGAGGAAGGCGCUCCUCCGUUACCCUCUUCCAGAAGCUUUUCAGGAGAGGCAGGAGAGAAGAAUCCGGCAUCUCCCGCUCCGGGUGCAACCCUCGGGCUUGUGCCCUCACCUCUUGGACAACCGGCAGGCGUGACUCUGCUAGCCAGCCCAGCCUCGUCCGUCCGGAAGGAAAGCAGCCGGGUCCUGAGUGAGAGGACCCACUCCGUUUCCCAUCCAGAAGUGCCCAAAGUUCAGACUCUGGUGCCCCCUUCCCGCCCCAGAGAGGAUCCACCUGGAAGAGUGGCAAGGUCUGUGCAGGUCUCCUGUGAGAAAGAUGAUUCUCAAAGCAGGGGUUCAUCGACGGAAGAGCAUCAGCCGGAGCUUCAGCCGCUGAGCAUGGAGGAGCAGCCAGCUCGAGAGCCGCUCUCCCGAGAGGCUCCUGCCCUCAGCACCGGCGACCGGGAACUCUUCGGUUACGUGGGGAUCGAGGCCGUGCUGGACCAGAUGCGUCUCAAGACCAUGAAAAAUGGCUUUGAAUUCAACAUCAUGGUGGUCGGACAGAGCGGGCUGGGCAAGUCCACCAUGGUGAACACACUCUUCAAAUCCAAGAUCAGCCGGAAAUCGUACCCUGGCUACGAGGAGCGCAUCCCGAAGACAGUGCAGCUACUCUCGGUCACCCACGUUGUCGAAGAGAAGGGCAUCAAGAUGAAGUUGACGGUGACGGACACACCAGGAUUUGGAGAUCAGAUUAACAAUCAAAACUGCUGGGAUCCAAUUGUGGAAUAUAUCAACGAGCAGUAUGAACGCUACUUAAGGGAGGAAAUCCUCAUCAAUCGAAAACGGAGGAUUCCCGAUACUCGGGUUCAUGCUUGCGUGUAUUUUGUGCCACCGACCGGUCACUGGCUGCGCCCAUUGGAUCUGGAGUGCAUGAGGCGGAUCAGCAAGAUCACCAACGUGGUGCCGGUGAUUGCCAAAGCCGACACCCUGACCCUUGAGGAGCGGGCAGAAUUCAGACAGAGGAUUCAGAAGGACUUAAAAGCCCAAGGAAUCCAGGUCUACCCCCAAGUGGACUUUGAUGAGGACCCAGAUGAGGCGCUUUUGAAUGACAAAAUCCGGGAGAAAAUCCCUUUUGCGGUGGUGGGAGCAGACAAGGAGCACCAGGUGAACGGAAAGAAAGUCCUCGGUCGUAAAACCAAGUGGGGCAUCAUUGAAGUGGAGAACCCUGCCCAUUCUGAGUUUCCUUUGCUGCAGGACCUCUUAAUCAGGUCGCACCUCCAGGAUCUCAAAGACAUCACCCACAACGUGCAUUACGAGCAGUACCGCGUGCGGCGCCUCAACGAGAGCAACCUGCCAGCCAAUGACACCGAGUGCUUGGUGCUGAGAUCCGUCAACAGAGAGCCGGAGAGUCACCUUUGAGCGGCAGGGAUGCGGCGUGGCUUCCCUUGUCCCCUCCUCCACCUCGGUGUCCCAUCCCUUCGAUAGCUCCUGCAGACUGAUUUCACCCCCCUCCUGCUCCGUCCCAGCUGCAAACGGCGAGUACCGACUUCCGGAGAGGCCUCCCGCCACUUUGGCACCGAUCCCGUUCUAAGCACAAGUAGCGCCGUUGACUUCAAAACCUCCGCCUCCUUGCCGGGCCCCUCGGCGUCCAGCUGUCUCUCGGAGAAGUCCACGCCUCGGAGGAAGAGGAGCUUCAGGUGGAGGAGAUGACCCGGCCACCUCCCGUCCCUUCACAGGAUCAGGCCUUACCUUCUCAACCAAGCACCGUCCUUGGCGUCUUGAAAGUCCUCCUCGAAGGAUGAUGUGUCCUGCUUCCGGGCCCCAGAGCUGAGGCGUCAUCCCCAUGUCUUGGUCUGAGCAUCCUUGAAGCCCCAGGUGUAUCUCAAGGAAACCUCAAGGGGAGCCCCAUUUCCCCUCAGCUUCUGACUAUCUCCAGUCUUCCCUCAAUCAAACUGAUGGUGGCCCUGGAACAAUUUCUCAUCCGGCCUCUUGACUGGACAAAGGAGGCCGAGACCUCUCCAACGGGCUGAAAAAGCUCAGCUCGCCACCUGCAAGAGCCAGGAAGGUCCUCCGUUUUCCAUUUCAGACUCCUCCAGGCGGGGAUGGGAGCCCCUCGAAGAGUCGAAAGGUGGCCUUCCGAGAAAAUAUGGAGCUCCCAGCAUCCUUUUUUUUACACCUGCGUUGUUUUCCGUGGCUUGUAAGGAUUUGGAGCGGGAAGGGAUGGUUUCAAAGCUUCGGUGUGAGAGGUGGUUGUGACGGAGAAGCCCGGAAUGGUCCGUGGCCUUGAAGCGCCUGCCCUCCCUCUCUCUGUGUCUCUCUCACCCCACAGAAAAAGGGGGAUUUUAGAGGAGACCUUUCACAGCGGGUCCAUUGUUAAUGCAAGCGCCGUCUGGGAAAACUCUAUCUGCUGGAAACGACUUCUAUCGGAUGGUAUUUACGCCCUUGGGCAGGUUGUGAGUCACCGGUUUACAUAUUAAAGAGCAAUUUAGAAAGGUG